AUGGUGGUGUCGGAGGACGCGGCGCUGAUCGGGGAGGAGGAGCCCGGCGACGCGUGGUGGGGCGGCGACGAGGGGCCCGCCCCGGGACUGGAGGGGUGCAAGAUCUACGUGCUGGACGCGGCGCGGGAGCUGGCGCAGGAGGGGUCGGGCCCCGCCUGCGACCUCGCCGACCCCGCCUGCUGGCCCUUUGCCGCCCCCGGCGCGGGCAUCGACGGCGCCGACGCGCUGGCCCCCGCCGACUUCCAGUACUCCACGGAGGCCUGGCUGGCCGCCGCCAUCCGCAACUCCUCCCACGCCGCGCGCGACGUCGCCUCCGCCGACUUUGUCUUCGUAGACCUGCACUGCUACCACCUCUCCUGGCUGGCCUACAACCACCCGCGCGGGAGCAAGGAGGGGCGCGAAGACCCCGCGCCCCUCAUCUGGAGGGCCGUGGAGGGCCUGCUGGACCUGCCGCGGUUCCGUGUGACCAAGGGCGCGGCCUUCGCGCUGGCCUCCCCCACCCCCGCCCUCCAGCGCUUCUUUCCCGACGACGACGUGUGCGAGGAGCUGGCCAGCGUCCUGCACCUCGUCCCCGAGGCCGCCAACCUGUGCGUGUGGACGCGCGGCGCGCCGGCACGCAAUGCGCUCAUCCUGCCCUACGUCGCCAGCACCGACCUGGACCUGGGGGCUGCACCGGACGCGCGCCGUGACCUGCACCUCUUCUUCCAGGGCGGGUGCGGCAACCCCGCGCCGGAGGGGCACCUCCCGCACGCGGACGUCCUGGCGGCCAUGCGCCGCGCCGUCUUCUGCCCCAUCAUCGCCUCCAACGCCCAGUCCAGCCGGCGCCUGUCGGAGGCCGUCCUCUCCGGCUGCAUCCCGGUGUUCGUCGGCCCGCCCUUCCACACCAUGCCGCUGGCGGCGGAGGUGGACUAUGCGGGCAUGGCGCUCUUCAUCCACAUCGACGACAGCAGCCCCUGGGUGGAUGCCACCUCCCCGCGCUGGUCCCAGAACGCCAUGGUGGGCAGCGUGUGGACCCUGGACCCGUCGGUGGCGGGCCUGGUGGAGCACGUGCCCAAUCUGGCCGCCGCCUUGGCCUUCCUGCGCGGCCUGGCGCCGGGGCGCGUGGCGGCGCUGCAGGCGGCCGUGCGCCGCCGUGUGGCCCUGCACACCGUCGCCGCGGUCAAGGAUGUGUUCAUGCCUGCCCUAUCCUCCACCAUGACGGAGGGCAAGAUCGUGAGCUGGCUGAAGAGCCCCGGCGACAAGGUGGCAAAGGGGGAGUCGAUCGUGGUCGUCGAGUCAGACAAGGCCGACAUGGACGUCGAGGCGUUUGCGGAGGGCAUCCUGGGCUCCAUCACCGUGCCCGAGGGCGGCGUGGCUGGCCGCAGGGUGAUCGCCACGCCGUAUGCCAAGAAGCUGGCCAAGGAACUGGGCGUGGACCUGGCCACCAUCUUCGGGUCCGGCCCCAACGGCCGCGUGACCGCCGCUGACGUCGAGGCCGCCAAGGCCGGCGCUGCGGCACCCGCCGCGCCCGCGGCUGCCCCCGCGGCCGCUCCUGCUGCUGCAGCGGCCGCGCCCACCGCCGCGCCCGCGCAGGGCAAGGCGGCGUCGUCCGCAUCCCCUGCGGCCGCCGCCCCGGCCACCAAGGUCUCGGAGCUGAAGGGCACGACGGUACCCCUCAGCGGCCUGCAGCAGGCGGUGAGCAAGAACAUGCUGGCCAGCCUGGCGGUCCCCGAGUUCCGGGUGUCCAUGACCAUCGGCACAGGCGCGUUUGAUGCCCUGUACCGCAAGCUGAAGGGCAAGGGCGUGAGCAUGACCGCGCUGCUGUCCAAGGCGGUGGCGGUCGCGCUGGAGUCGCACCCCCUGCUCUACGCCUCGGCCACCGCCGACGGCAGCGGCGUGACCUACGCGGAACACAUCAACAUCGCCAACGCCGUGGCCAUGCCCGACGGCGGCCUCAUCACGCCCGUGCUGGCGGACGCUGACGCGGCCGACAUCUACACCCUCUCCCGCUCCUGGGCCGAUCUGGUCAAGCGCGCGCGCGCCAAGCAGCUGAGCCCCAAUGAGUACUCCAGCGGCACCUUCACCAUCUCCAACCUGGGCAUGUAUGGCGUGGAGGCCUUCGAUGCGGUGCUGCCCCCAGGCACCGCCGCCAUCCUGGCGGUGGGGGGUAGCCGCCCGGUGGUCACUGCCGGCACCGACGGCCGCAUUGGCGUGGAGAAGCAGAUGACCGUCAACCUCACCGCAGACCACCGCAUCGUCUACGGAGCCCAGGCAGCGGAGUUCCUGGUGACCCUCAAGGCCGUGAUCGAGUCCCCAGAGCAGCUGGUAUACUGA